UGUAACCUCCAAGUUGUCGGUGUAUUUUCCCCGUCACAGACACAGCCCGGCACAACUGGAACUCGCUGGCCCGUCCCUUCACGAGCCCUUCAAUCUCCGGCCAUGGUCACUCAGUAACGAACUGGAAGGAAAUAGGAGCUGCGUGUGUGACAUUUCUCAGGUAACUAAAAGGCAUCCUCACAUAUCAAGAUGUUUGGAAGGGUUUUCAUUGUGGCUGUUUUAUACUGUAUAACAAUCUGUAAAGGAGAAGAUCCUACUAACAGUUCCACUCCCAAGUUAAUUCUCUUAUCCUUCGACGGAUUCCGGGCCGAUUAUCUAACGAGAUUCCCGAUGCCUAAUCUCCAGGAGUUUAUGAAGGAAGGGGUUGAAGUUGAAGAAGUCAAAAAUGUCUUCAUAACCAAGACUUUUCCCAACCAUUACUCCUUAGUCACCGGCCUUUAUGCUGAAAGCCAUGGCAUUGUGGCUAAUCGCAUGUAUGAUGCCGACACUAAGCAGGUAUUCCACAUGAACGACUCCCAUUCCAAAUGGUGGGACGAAGCCACUCCCAUCUGGCUGACCAAUCAAAAGCAAGGCCAUAGAAGCGGAUGUGCGAUGUGGCCUGGAAGUGACGUGAGCAUUCACAAUACAACCCCUUCUGACUUCCUUUAUUAUAAUCACACGGUUUCCUUUGCUCAAAGAGUAAAUCACAUCACCACGUGGCUUACAAGGCCCAACGAUUCCAUCAACUUCGCAGCUAUUUACUGGGAGGAGCCUGACGCAAGCGGACACCGUUAUGGGCCAGACGACUAUGGGAAUAUGUCCGGAGUGCUGAAAGAAGUAGACAAGAACGUUGGCUACUUGAUGUCAGAGCUGAAAAAGGCAAAUCUUUGGGAUACAGUCAAUGUGAUCAUUACUAGCGACCAUGGAAUGGCCCAAUGCUCAAAGGACAGGAUUAUAAAGCUGAACGACUGUAUUGGCCCUGGAAACUAUACUCUGGUGGAUGACAAUCCUGUGGCCUCAAUCCUUCCAAUUUCAGAUACAAAAAAUGUGUAUGAUCUGCUAAGAAACUGCCACCCUCACAUGAAGGUCUACAUGAAAGAAGAGAUCCCAGACCGAUGGCACUACAAACACAACAGCCGCAUCCAGCCACUUCUAUUGGUUGCAGACGAGGGAUGGAUGAUUACACAGAACGAAUCGAUAUCUAUGUUGGGAGAUCAUGGCUAUGACAACGAUCUUCACAGCAUGCAUCCUUUUCUGGCUGCCCAUGGUCCAGCAUUCCGCAAGAGUUACAAAAUGCGCACCAUAAACAAUGUGGAUGUCUAUCCCAUGAUGUGCCUCAUCCUCGGAAUAACGGGGCAACCCAACAAUGGAACACUGUCCAACACCAAAUGCUUGUUGGCCAACCAGUGGUGCAUUCAAGUCUCGGAAGCCAUUGGAAUAGUCAUCGGAGCCAUCAUGGUUCUCACCACUCUGACGUGCAUCAUCAUCAUGCUGAAGAAGAAGAUGCCAUCAGCACGGCCGUUUUCGCGGCUUCAGUUCCAGGAUGAUGACGAUCCUCUGAUUGGUUAGACGUAGAGAUUUCUUACUACCAGAUUGGAAUACGUUUAAAUCUCGUUGGUUGUGAAGAAAAGAGCGAUGGGUUAUGGAAGAAUUUUGACCCACGUGUGCACAGGAAUGUUGCUACGACUUUCUACUCUGUGUCACCAUCUCUAAAUAAUUAUUUAUGGUCCUGGUUUUGAUUUAAUCUGGUGUCUGUUUCCUUCCUGAGGCACAUCUUGCCACGCUGUCCAUAUGUAUGCAACAAACCUGCCAAUCACUGAGAUCUCCGGUUGUGACUAAGCAUACAUGGUUGCUAAUCAGAUAUAACUGAUCAACCUGUUGGAGUUAUCGCUGUUUUUUUAUGAAGAAUGAAAGCCUCAAGCUGUGAAGCCUAAUCACUGCUUGUUAGUGGGUGUUGCUUUUGAAUGGCACAAGCUUUCCAUGAUUUUAGGAACUGAAGAAAAUAAUAACAUGUAGUGUAAGUCUUUGUGAGAAAUCUUUUUCUGCUUGCAGCACUGGUGCAAAAAAAAAAAA